GUUUCCCGAUGACGUUGACCAAAACUCCACACCUAAAUAACCAACAACAAGGGCUGCUAAACUCCUUAGCGGAUCCUUGUAAGACUGGACAGGCAACUUUUCGAAGGCCAUCCUCUGUGAAUUGCCACAGAAAGCCACUAUAAAAGACCACAAUCUGCCACCUAUCCUGUUGCGAAGGGAACCAUUUUACCCUACAUAUUUUUCCAAACAUAGAGAACUCAACCCAAAUUUGCAAUCUAUCAAAUAAAAACACAAACACUCCCACUACUCGCACCAAUAUGCCCAUCCCGCUCAAUACCUCGUCUUUAGGGGCUGGCACCAGAUCCACGUCCUCUACCUCGCACCAGCAGCAGCAGCAAUCGCAAUCGCAAUCGCCCCCACAACCGCAACAAGCACAGCCGGGUUCCACAACCACUGCAGAUCCAUCAUCGCAUACGACUGGACAAUCAGGAAACGGACAACUGAGCAAGGAGGAAGCAGACCGAUUGUUUGAGGAGCGCAUGGAGGAGGAGUAUGCGAAGCGAGAAGGAGGUGCCUGAAACGAACCUGGAAGAACAAGCAAUAUAUUUGAAUGUACAGCACAUACAUACAUAGUGAGAUGCACUUGGCACAGUUGAUAACAUCUUCUACACUCUGUUAGAAAUUGAGUAAGCUCAGAUUAUGUGAUAUCACUUUCUAAUCUAGUUAGUGUAGAAAUGGUAGAAAUGAUUUAAUGCCGCUAUAAGUUGAAUGCUGCUUUUUGAGCGGGGGACUCUUGAGUUUUACUGAGAUAAAACUAGACUUUGAUUCGUUUGAAUAUUCCUGACGCAUAAAAUCAAAUGACUUACAUUUAUCGCUGUGCUGAUUGGCUGGGGCUCUAACAAGGUUUGGAAUUGGAAAUUCUAUGGAAGCUCAACCGAAGCUUUUGACGUUGGAGGAUGGGACCACACGGGGAGGUGGCAAGGUAUAAAUGGCAGGGUAGACAAAGAUAAAAUGAUGUUGAACGGGGGUAAGGAAGAAAAAACUCAAACUUGACACAUCAUCCAACCGCUCGUUGGCCGUCUCUUUUACUUAAGGCAUCCUAUACAAUUCAUCUCCUGAUAUCGUCCUUAGCUCUACGAUAUCGAUAGUGCGCCACGCCCUCUUGAUAUAGACUUCCCACGCCUAUUCUUCGACCCGAUCUGCCUGCUCUCCGGUGAUAUGCCCUAAGGCGCCAUCAAUAACUUUAAGAGAGAACGUGCAUGGCCCUUCUGCGCAACAUAUUUUCGUGGAUGGCACCAAACAAUGGUAGAACCACGUCGGGCGACGAUCAGUUUUCGAAACACCGAUCUUCAAGCCAGGAUGCGAGAGAACCUCUGCUUCCCCGUACGCACGGAAGGUGUCAGCGACGCGCUGCAGGCGAUCCCGACCCCGAGGCGCAAGACUGGCUGCAGUACCGAACUGUCCCCUGCACACGUACCAGAAGCAAUGAUUCGGACGAGAGUCAGGCUUCACGUAGCAGGGUAAAUCCUAGAGUAAUAUCAGAUGCAAUAUUGGGAUUAUCAGAUGGCCUUACGGUGCCUUUCGCUUUGAGUGCUGGACUGUCAGCUUUCGGCAAUACGAAAGUUGUAGUCCUGGGCAGCCUGGCAGAGCUCGUUGCUGGGGCCAUCUCGAUGGGGCUGGGCGGUUAUGUGGGUGCGAGAAGCGAAAUAGAAUCAUACGAGACAGCCAAGCGCGAGGUAACCGAUCUUGUCUCUUCAUGCUCUUGCGAGACAACGUCAAUGGUUAGAGAAGUGUUUGCUCCCUAUAGUCUUCCCGAUCAUCCGGUUUCAGAGAUGAGUUCGACAUUGCACAGCUCCCCCAAGCAGCUGAUGGAAUUCCUGCUGGCAUUUUACCAUAAACAACCUGAACCAGAUCGCAACCAAGCUUAUAUCUCUGCAAUCACACUUGCUAUAGGGUACUUCGUUGGAGGAUUUAUACCGCUCAUCCCAUACAUUAUCUGCAAUCAGGUUUUGACAGCGCUCAAGUAUAGCGUAGGAGUUAUGGCUGUUACGCUGUUGGUGUUUGGCUAUAUCAAAACGGGCAUUGUGCGAGGGUGGAAGGGAAGAGACAAUGUCGUAGCCGGUUUAAAGGGUGGAGUUCAGAUGGUUUUGGUCGGAGGAGUGGCUGCGGGGGCAGCAGUUGCUUUGGUUCGACUGAUUGAUAAUACAGAACAUGGUGGAUAGGUCAAAAGCCCCAGAUGUUAUUUUGGUUCCCCGACUGUCGUUACUCGUACUUGGAUCUACCUACCUAGAUACAGUUUCGAAUUCACAUUAGGACCAAAACCCGUGUCCAUAGUGUGGGCUUAUUUCGCAUCCGUUUUGAUUGAUUGAAAUUUUAGUAUAUUGGCGUCACUUGCAGUUUCUGUUGCACGGUUCUUGGUUCUUGGUAGUGGGCCUGCAAAUGAACAAUGCAGCAUCUGUGCCCGAAUCCAAAUUCACAGAGAUAGAGCUUUCGUAAUGAGCUCCUUUGCGCGGUCCGACAUUUCAAUCUGCAAGGCUAAUCCAUGUCCCUUCGCUGACAUUUUCGCCCAAGUUUUCCUUAGAAUGCUCACAAUCUUCUCCUCGUCAUGUUCUUUCUCGAACUUCUCCAAUUGGUCAUCCAAAAAUACGAGACAUGCUACAUCUUCCAAGGCCUGGCACUCCUCAUCCUGCUUCAUAUUUUCUUUGCGAACCAAUGAGGCAACGCGCCCCGCCUCCGCUGCAUCAUACCCGCAAUCGAGGCAAAUAUCUUUGACAAUAUCAGCCUGCUGAUUCUUCAGUGCAUUCCUCCAAGCGAAGUAGCCCGGUCUGGUCAUUGGGUAGGACGAUCUGGGGACUUCCCAGCGGCGGAGAUGCUGCGCGCGUACAGCCAGCUUGAGCAUUUCGGACGCAGAAGAGGCGCGCUUUUCGAGGUACUUCGUCAUUUUAUUCGCAUAGUGGAGCUCGUAUGCGACUUCAGAACCGUCCACGGUGACGAUUUUCGGAUCCUCUCGAUGAGCGUCAUCAAUGCGCGCAAGCGCCUGGUUAAAUCUGGAGCUCAUUGGAGGGUGAUAACCGCUGGCUGGGAGGGAGAGAGAAAACACCGUUGAAUGAGGUACACAAUGCAAUCAGGCUUCCCAAUUCGUGCGCAAUUUUUGUAGUUAAGAAUAGCUUAGCUUGUGAGGGUAGGGUAGGAUUGGUUCUGAAAGGUGACAGGAAAAAUGCAAUAUCCUUUAGCUCGCUCCUAGGCAAUCACUGUAGCAAGACAGAGAGCAAGCCAGGCAGAAUGAUUCUCAAGUCUUC